GCAACAUGAGCCAGCGUUUGCAAUCCGGGCGACAGGAAGGUCUUCAAGAUAAUACAGUGCUUCCCACGCAUAAUAAACAAGCCCGUAAACGACACCAUGGAUUGUUUCGCAUCGAUACUGCGGGAGAAAGCGGCCGAACUGGUAUUCACCCCGUUCACUUCCUGCGGGUCUGUUUGCGAAGCACGUGUACCUUGUCCAUGCUGGUCAACGUGCUCUGGCCAUUUGUCCCAGCUGCUAUCGCCAUCCAUUUUGCACGGCCAGACUUACAUGUUUGGGUGUUUGCUCUCAAUUAUAUAGCUAUGGUACCCUCCGCUAAUCUACUCGGGUUUGCGGGGGGGGAGCUUGCGAAGAAGCUGCCCAAAGUGUUUGGCGUCCUUCUGGAGACAACGCUAAGCUCUGUGGUGGAAAUUGUUCUCUUCAUGGUUCUGAUUCAUAACGAUAGAAACGGCGACCUCAUCCCAGUCAUUCAGGCUGCGAUUCUGGGUUCCGUGCUGGCAAAUCUCUUACUCUGCUUGGGUCUUUGUUUCUUUUUUGGUGGUAUUACACGGGAGGAGCAGUCAUUUCAUGAAGCCGUGAGUGAAGUAGGAUCCGGGCUGUUACUGGUAGCAGGCUUCGGUCUGUUGAUUCCCAGUGCCUUCUACUCCGCUUUGAGUAGCAGUUCAACACAUACACAGAUUACACCAGCACAACUAAACCAGUCUACCUUGAUCAUCAGUCGAGCCACCGCCGUGAUCCUCCUGGUCGCGUUCCUGAUGUAUCUAUUCUACAAUCUUCACAGUCACCACAGCAUUUUUGACGAAGUCCUCGAGUUCGACGAGCAUCAGGAUGAGGACAGGGAAAAGGAAUUGAAGCGUGCAAAGCUCACUCUAGUCGAAUGCUUCAUCGCUAUUGCGACAUCCCUCGCUUGUGUCUGUAUGUCAGCAGUCUUCUUGGUAGAAGAAAUCGAGCAUAUUGUCGAUAGAGGGGUGUCCGACAAUUUCGUUGGCCUUAUCCUUGUGCCUUUGGUCGAAAAGGCGGCAGAGCAUUUAACUGCAAUUGAUGAAGCUUGGGAUAAUCAGAUCAACUUCGCUCUCUUCCACUGCCUGGGGCCAUCUAUUCAGACGGCUCUGCUGAAUGCGCCUUUGGCAGUGAUCGUUGGGUGGGGUCUAGGGAAAGACUUGGGCCUGAACUUCGAGAUCUUCAUGAUUGUUCUGGUAGUGUUGUCUAUUCUGGUUGUCGGAAAUUUCCUCCGUGACGGUAAAUCAAAUUACCUUGAAGGGGGUCUGUGUGUUUUGGUAUACGUGAUUAUAGCCGUGAGCACAUGGUAUUACCCCCAGAUUGAGCCGCAAGGUGGGUCAGAUGCAUGAUUGGUGUAGCUAUUGAGAGGGCGUUUCGUGUUAUGUCCAUACUGGAGGUGAAGGUCGAUUGCAGCAGAACUUAUUCGACAUCAACUUUGUGCAAGUAAGUUCCUUUACUAGAUGGUAUCUCUUGAGGGAAAGUUUAUUCCUAGGUGUAAUUUUCAGUAACGAUUUCGAAAUCCG